AAGCUUUUUGCUGUCGAUCUCCUUCGUUCUCUUCUUGGAGAGAGGAGAACUAUUCCUUUUCUUUUGUUGCCUCGAACUGAGAUUGACCAAACAGCAAAAAUGGAAGAAAAUCUUCCUCCGGGGUUUAGAUUUCAUCCGACAGACGAGGAGCUCAUAACACAUUAUCUUUGUCGGAAAGUCUCCGAUAUAGGAUUCACCGGUAAAGCUGUCGUCGACGUUGAUCUCAACAAGUGUGAACCUUGGGAUUUGCCAGCCAAGGCGUCAAUGGGAGAGAAAGAGUGGUACUUCUUCAGCCUAAGAGACCGGAAAUACCCAACCGGUUUAAGGACAAACCGAGCAACUGAAGCCGGUUAUUGGAAAACCACCGGUAAAGAUAAAGAGAUAUAUCGAACUGGAGUGCUGGUUGGGAUGAAGAAAACCCUAGUUUUCUACAAAGGAAGAGCUCCAAAGGGUGAGAAAAGCAAUUGGGUUAUGCAUGAGUAUAGGCUUGAGAACAAACAACCCUUCAAACCCGCUAAGGAGGAAUGGGUAGUGUGUAGGGUUUUCCAAAAGAGCAUAGCAACAAAGAAACCACAAGAACAACAACCUCAAUCAUCUCAACCAUCUUUUGGAUCUCCAUGCGAUGCAAACUCAUCAAUGGCAAAUGAGUUUGAAGAUAUCGAGCUUCCGAAUCUGAAUUCAAACUCAUCAACCGUCGAUUACAAUCAUCUUCAUCAUUAUUCGCAAAGCAGCCUUUACUCAGAAGACAAUACUACAAGCACGGCUGGUCUCAAUAUGAAUAUGAACAUUCCAGCGUGGACAACAAGUCUUCUUGGUCCGCCUUUAUCUCCAAUCAACUCUCUGUUGCUCAAGGCUUUCCAAAUUAGAAACUCUUAUAGUUUCCCGAAAGAGAUGAUCUCUAAUAUCAAUCAUUCUCCUCUUCAACAAGGAGUCUCCAAUAUCAUGCAAAAUGGUGCAAGUUCGUCUCAAGUGCAACAGCAACCUCAAGAGGACGCGUUUAAUAUGGACUCAAUAUGGUGAAGAGAUAUUCAAAUAAAUCAUAUAGUAAAUUUGAAUUGCCUAUUAACUUGUCCUUAUUUAACCUCCAUCAAUUUGAACUGUAUCAUUACACACAACUAGAUCUUCUCUGAGGUCAAGUAAAUUAACUAUAUUAGUGCAUCUUUUACGUUAAA